CCUGUGACCAGGACCCGCUCUCCACACCUGACACCAUGACCCACUCCUGCUGCUCCCCUUGCUGCCAGCCCACCUGCUGCAGGACCACCUGCUGCAGGACCACCUGCUGGAAACCAGCCUGCAUCACCAGCUGCUGCAGCGCCCCCUGCUGCCAGCCCAGCUGCUGUGGCCAAACCAGCUGUGGCUCAAGCUGCUGCCAGCCCUGCUGCUGCCCAUCCUGCUGUCAGACCACCUGCUGCACGACCUGCUUCAAGCCCAGCUGUGUGACCAGCUGCUACAGCACCCCUAUCUGCCAGCCUAGGUGCUGCGUGUCCAGCUGCUGCCAGCCCACCUGCUGCCAGCCCAGCUGCUGCCAGCCCAGCUGCUGCCAGUCCACCUGCUGCCAGCCCAUCUGCUGCCAGUCCACCUGCUGCCAGCCAGCCUGCUCUGGACCUGUGUACUGCACCAGAACCUGCUACCACCCCACCUGUGUCCACCUGUGCAGCGGCCUCCCUGAGAGCUACGGAUCUGGCUGCUGCCAGCCCUGCAGCUGCUGAUCAGCUCCUCAAAAGGCCACCGUCUGCAUGUGACAAGCUCUGCCACAUGACUUACCCAUUAGGAACAAAUGCGCUUCUGAGCCACCAUGCGUUCAUCAAAAUUUCUGUUACUUGACUGCUUGUUUUGCAGCCCUUGGGAACCAGCUGGAGUGUUUCCAGAGUACUUAAUCCUAACUUUCUUCUUUCCUGACCCUGGCGAAUAAAAAGCAUCCUUUUCUAUCCUCAGUUUGAAGAUGUGACCUCAGCCCUGGCUCCUAAGUCAGGAUCCAAACUCUCUCCCUAACCUGAAGGAUCCUCAGAACUUUCCCAUACAUUUCUGGAACUGAUCAAUAAUCCUCAGAUUUGCUCUCUUGACAUUCUCAUGCUUUCUUUUGUCCUGCUUUCUUUUCAUACUCACUUCGAAUUAUCACUCAGAUCGCGCUAGUGGCAAGAACUUUUCUGCCCUUUCAGUUCUUUUUAUCUAAAGCUUUAAAAUAAAUUCUGAACUACUUUUCA